UAUCAAAUGUAAAUUUACACAAAAAAUAUCAAACCUCUUAUCCCAACUAAAUAAAAUUCGGUUUAAACAUUGUUUCUGUGUAAUUUACUCCAAUAAUUAAAAGUUUUUAAUAUUUUAUACAUAUGGAUAUUUAGAUAUCAGAGUUUAAAAAAAAGUACGACUCGUAUUUGUGAAGCGCAAAAUGGAAUAUGUUAAAAAUAAAGCCAGGUAUUCACGGGCUGAUCUUUUAGCACUGCGAUAUGAAGCAAGUGCACAACAGCGCCCAAAUUGUGCAAAUAAAUUGGAGCUGCAAACUUUAAAUUUUUGGAAAAUAAUUGGACUUCCCACAUCGGCGAAUGUAAAUAGCAGCAGUAACAAUACCUGCUACGUGAAUAAAUCUGGAAUUUCGCCGGAUAGGGAUAGAGAAAGUAUCAAUCUAACCAGUUCCACAAAUGUCCUGAGUUCCAGACGAGCGCUGCGUAAUAGAGAACGAGCUCACAACUACUAUCAACGUUUUAGCUCGAGCGAACAACAAAUUGAAGACAGUCAGGGUCAGUCUCAGAUAUCAUUAAUCCCGGGUAGUGUCAGUAGUAAUAUAUCAUCGUAUAAAACAACGGCGCAUAUAGAUCAACGUAGCAUUUCCUCUUCGCAUUUAAUGCCAGCUUUUGCUAAGCGACGAUUCGUAACUGUAUCUGGAGGAGGAGCCUGUAACGAGGCGUCAAAUGAAUCCCAGCAGGUCAAAGUAAAUGCAUCAUUAAUGAUCUAUACUGAUCGAUCACUAAAUCCUAAAGAUGCCAAUGCUGAUAUAAAAGCUCAGCUGCGCCAUCAUAAUAAUUCAUUAGGAUCAGGUUCACCGGUUGAAUGGGAACGUACUGAAAAGCAGUCGAACAGUCAACGAUGUCAUGAUAAAUCGUUAACGCUGUCACCGACAUUUCAAUCGCUACGUCAACAGGGAACGGGUAUAAGUACUCAGGAAAGGCGUAUUGGAAGUGGGAGACUUUUGCCACGAAAUGAUAAUUGGGAAUUUAAAAACCAGGAGACUGAUGCGUCUAAAAGUAAUCUUGAUAAUGACCAAGUUCAGAAUGGAAGUAUUUCGAGUCAACAUCGCGCAUUUAGCUGCAAAGCUAAUGAUAAAUCAAACGAUAAUAUCUCCGAUCGUGAUCGACGUCGAGAGGAUAGCAAAAAGAAUGCAGUUAGUACACGGCGCGUCUUUAACAAAGAUAAAUUUAACUUCAUGGAGUCAGCAAAUCAAUCCAUCAAUCGAGGCAGGAGAGGCACUAAUAACUUGUACCAUCAAAGCCAUGAUGCCUAUGAACCUGAAUGGUUUAGUGCUGGUCCAACUUCACAACAUGAAACAAUUGAUUUGCAUGGAUUUGAGGAUAUCGAAAGUGAGGAACGACCGUCAAAAACGGAUGCAGCUCUGAAGGAUCCUAAUGAAACAUCAAAUAAGCAAAUUGUUAUUGAAACAACUGCAACAAUCGGAUCAAGAAGCAGUAGCGUUGGCAGCUUAAUUCAAAUUGAAUCGAGUAAUUAUGACAUAAUGGAUUCGAAUGCAACGGCUGUAUUAGGCGAUCCACAGAAUAAGCACCACAAUCAAAUUUGUAAAGCGGAUGAGUUCAAUUUCGAUGCCUUUCUUAGCAUGGAUCCCAUGGAUCAUUCUCUUAUGAGAAAGGAAGGAGAAGUACAUAGGCAAAUUACAGAAACUUCACGAUUUAGCCGAUGGUUUUCACCCAAUGAACCAGCAAGUAAUAAUGAAAUUACACUUUCUUCAACAUUAGAAACACAAGAAAUACCCAGUGUUAAGGAUUUGGAAGCGCAAAUGAAAAAAGUAGAUUUACGUGCUGAGUAUUUGAACGUAAACUCCUUAACAAACAGCUUGAAGCCAAUACACACCACAGAGCAUUCUGAUGAUAAAUCUUUACCAAGAGAUACUGAAGCCUUUAAAAGACUAUUGCAACAACUAGGAUCCCAAACUAGUGGUCAUCCAGUGGCAGAUUCCUACCUGAUAAAUGUAGCAGCUGUACGCGGCGGUCCUAUUGCUAAUGCUCAAGAUCUGUAUAAGCCCAUUGCUCAAAUUAAAAAAGACGAAAUACUGUCAUAUCAACAACAGCGUAUUGUUAAAAAUGACUCAAAUUCCCCACAUGGACAUAAUAAUGACUCAAUGCAGUUGCCACAAAAUCUUCUGCAAACUCAAGUUAUGCCGAGUCCUCUUGAUGCUAUCUUACCUGGACCUGAACAUGGUUCUUUACCCUUGCAAACGCAAAAACGCGUCGAUGUUCAACACCUUCUUCAAAGUGUCAUUCGAGGCGAUGUAUCUUUCGAGUUUUUAGAAAAAGAAUUGAAUAACCCCAAUACAACAGCUCAGUCCAGGGAGAUGAUUGCAACGGUUCUGUUUGAAUAUACUAAUUCCGGACGGUUUGUUGCUCAACAAAAAUCUUUAAAUUUGCAUAAUGAUGCAAGUCCUACGAAUGUUGUCAAGAAUUAUCCGUUGUUGAAUAGAAAUCAUGGUGCCCUCGUUUCCGAAGAUUUAUUUGCCAAUAUAUCAAAUCAAGUUACUAAUCAACAUCAACAACCCCUGAGACAUAGCAGUUCGCCGACCCCAUUGGCGUUUACACCAACCUCGGUCUUGAGGAAAAUGACAGCAGAUAAGGAAACAACAUCGUUAUAUAGCAACAACAAUAACGCUAUCAACUAUCAGCAACAACAAUAUCAUCAGAAUUAUCAUCAAUUACCUACGUCGUUUACAAAAUGUUCAAAUGUACACAAUAUGAUGAAUGAUUCAUCAGUCAUUACAGCAGGUAUUAAUUUGCAGCCUAGAAUGAUUUUGGGCGGCAAUUACGCAAUCCAAAAUCAGAAUCAGUUGAAUAACCCACAAGUGUCGCCGAAAAUACUGCCGCAACAGAUGUCACAGUCUCGAGGUCAACAAACCUCGAAAUGGCCACCAGCAAGUAAAUCAUAUGGACGCCCAAUUCUUAAAGGAAAUAUGAAUUCUGCAUUGACAGUGUCUUCAUUUAACAAUAUGCAACAACAAAUUAAUCAACAAAGACUUAAGUCCAUGCAACAAACAGAUGCAAUAAACUCUGAAAGUGUUCAAGGCAGUGGACCAUCGCCACAACAAAAUAUACAUAAUGACGGAAUCUCUCAGCAAAUACAGCAUCAACAUUAUUUACAACAGCAACAGCAGCAACAAUCUAGACUUAGAUUAAUGCAUGGAGAUCUACAUUGUCCAACUAAUAUACCAAUUAAGCCAUCGGCAUCCAUUAUAGGAGGUGGCACCGAUGAUAAAAUUUUGAUGAACAACCGGCUCAGCCCAUUGAACUACCACAGAGAUGACCACUUAUCGCCAACAGCAAAUCAAUUGUCACAAUGGUUUUCCCCCGAAUUGCUAGCCAGAGCAUCUGCUGGUAAAUUACCACUUUUAAAUAUGAACCAAGCUCUUAGUCUGGAAGAAUUUGAGCGAAAUAUACAACAUUCCUCAGCUACAGUGCUGAAUUGAAGAAGCCUAAGAUACAAGUCCAGCUAAAAAUAAAAUCAUUAAAUUAAUCAAUUAGCCGAAAUGAAUAGUAAAUUAUGUAAACAGCAAUUUCUUUGUUUCAUAAGUUUUUCCGUUCAUAUAUUGCAUUAGUUACCAGCAAAAAUGAUGUGUAUGAGUACAUUUUUCAAUACAUUAAUAAUUUGAUAAUACAUUUU